AUGCAUUUCUCCAACGGCCAAGACUCGGACUGUGCCGACUUCAUUUCUCUCGAGCUUUCCUGUCUCCAAAGAGACGAUGCCAACAAGAAGAAGAAGCAGCAGCAUGUGGUGGAGGCCAAGGUCGUUUUCAGUUUCAUAGACCAGGUUGAGAUGCAGAAUCCAGUCUACAUUGCUCAAGCUGAGACAUGCAGCUUCCAUGAUUUUUCUCGGGCCAGACACAUGUUCAUCACAAGACAAGCCCUUGAACAAUCAUCAGUGAAUCUAAAGGACGACACCAUGGUCUCCUCCUCCUCCUCCUGCAAUCCCAACACCAAGGACCAACUCCUGCCUCACAUGUGCCAGCACUUUGAACAUCUCCUUCAAACUGAGGUGGGCGCUGAUGUGAAAUUCGAGGUCGGCGGAGACACGUUGGCUGCACACCGGUGUGUGCUCGCAGCCCGAUCCAGGGUCUUCAUGUCACAACUCUUUGGCCCCAUGAAGGAAGGCACUGAUAACACCGGUGUCAUACACAUCAAAGACAUGGAAGCAAGCGUGUUCAGGGCUUUGCUUACCUUUAUCUACACAGACUCAUUCCCUUUUAUGGAGGAGGACAACGGACAAGAAGAGGAGGAGGGUGUGCAACAGGGACAAGAUGAGGAUGAAACGUGGCUGCAAUGGCAUCAAGACUUGCUGGUAGCGGCUGACAGAUAUGACGUCCAACGCCUCAAGUGCAUCUGUGAAAGGGAGUUGUCUGAGCAAUUGUGUGUGAGCUCGGUCAUGUCCACUCUUGCUCUAGCCGAGCAGCACCACUGCCAUGGAUUGAAACAGGCGUGCUUCAAGUUUAUCCAAGUCCAGUCCCCCUCAUGUCUGCAAACACUAAUCGCAUCUAAUGGCUGGGAUCAUGUCUUUGAGACCUACCCCUCGGUUUUGAAGGAGCUCAUUGCAAAGCUUGCUUCGAACCACCGGAAAUAA